AUUACUCUCAUGACACCCUUACAGAGUCCGGUGCUUUGGAAGGCCUGGCUGCCAAUACACAUAGAGGACGCUGCGCUGCACAUUCCAAACUGAUCUCCUCACGUCAGGAUAUUCGGCAAUAUUACCCAAUGCGGCCGCGAUGAUGUCGCGCUCCAAGUAUUCUGCCGCGUCUGGCCGCCCUUUCGCCGGCCGAAGCAAAAGUUCAAUCAGACAAGUUCUUGGACAAUGCAGCCUCUUUACUGUUCCCAGCUCAUUCAAAUCAACGCUAGUGCUCGAAUGAUAGAUCGUCCUCCGCUUGCUCUCAGGGAUACCACGUAUCUCAAUCUCUGAUCACUCGCGUCAGUCAUUGCGCAAAUUUCUGUCCUCGUGCCCCAUGGCUCCCCCGCGUCAACGGACGGCGGCCGUCCAGGACGACUCUCGAUCGGAAGGCUCCAGUACUACCAGAGAACACAAGACUACGAGUGUCAAGUCCCGGAAAGGUGCGAACGGAUCUCUGGUAACAUCUGUCACCAGCCGAGAAGUCAAAGUCUCAGGAAACCUCGCCAAUGUAACCAGUGCCCCCGCUGGGGGAAACGCUGCAGAUGUGCCAAAGAUUCCCUGGAACGAGAUGCCCCUUAGCCUCCUCCACUCGUACCGACACGCCUACAAACUUUCAUCCCCCAGUGCCUUUCCCAGCGAAUACUCUCACCUGCUCCUCUCCAGAGGCAUCGGCCUUCGAUCCCCGACAUCAAUCGCCGCCCAGCGCGCUCAUCUACAACGCCAAAAUGAAACGACGAACAGCACCUCCCAACCGUCGAGCAGCACCGCCAACGCCUCCACCAACGCUACGACUGCCACGAGAAAAGCCCUGCAAGGCAAUCCUCAGUCGGCCACCAAUGGUGACAGUGCCAAACAGAAAGACCGCCAAACCCAGAAGAAAGGGCCGAAUGAAAUUGACGGGAAGAGCGCUUUGCACCACAUCAUCGGUCAAGACCGAGUAAGCAAGAACCAACUCGCCUUGUCGGUCCGCAAACACUUCAAUAGUGCUGGGCUUGCAGAGCAGGAGGCCAUUGCUCGGUUUCUGUACAAAAUCGGCAUGCCGGUUCUCGCGCCAUACUCUUCCCUUCAUUCUGCAAAUAGUGCGCUGCGAUUCGAAACGGCCGGUCAUGCCUGCGGCAUACAACAUACUGCUCGUCUGGGUGCUUUCGCCUCGCUAUGA